ACCAGUUCCAACCGGUUAGGGGAGGUACAAUAAUUGUGCGUGGUUGGUCGUCUACAGUGCGGUGAAUAGUGGUGUGCCUGCGAAGGAGCGCAUCGCUGCGUGAAAAAAAACUGUGGUGUGUGUUGUCUUCUUCGUGUGCACAAGGAACCCGUGCCUGAUCGUCGAGUGUGCGUGAAAUAUUUUUCGGGGGGCUUCACCGCGGCGCUGGAUAAAACGUGGAAAAUAGCCUGAUUUCUUUGAUGUCGGUGCAAGUUGAUGGGAUGAAGCAGCCGCUUACACCAUUUGGGACGCCAGUCAACGGCAGCAUGAAUGCGCUGUCGGAGCAGGCGGCACGUCUGCUCGAUUUCUCCCAGAAGCUCGACAUCAAUCUGCUGGACAGCGUCGUCUGCUGUAUGUACACAGGGGAAGGGCCGCAGCAACGGUUGGCCCAGGAGGUGCUGACGACUCUGAAGGAGCACCCAGAGGCGUGGACGCGGGUGGACACCAUCCUCGAGUUCUCCAAGAACCAGCAGACCAAGUACUAUGCGCUGCAGAUCCUUGAGAACGUUAUCAAGACGCGGUGGCGGGUUCUGCCGCGCAACCAGUGCGAGGGCAUCAAGAAGUACAUCGUGGGCCUCAUCAUCAAGACUUCGUCGGACCCCGAGAGCAUAGACCGCGAGCGUGUGUACCUCAACAAGCUCAACAUGAUCCUUGUGCAGAUUCUCAAGCGUGAAUGGCCGAAGAACUGGCCGUCGUUCAUCAGUGACAUCGUGGGGGCCAGCAAGACGAAUGAGAGCCUCUGUCAGAACAACAUGAUCAUCCUAAAGCUCCUUAGUGAGGAGGUGUUUGACUUCUCGAGUGGCCAGAUGACGCAGGCCAAGGCAAAGCAUCUCAAGGACACCAUGUGCAAUGAGUUCUCGCACAUAUUCCAGCUCUGCCAGUUUGUCAUGGAGAACUCUCAAAAUGCUCUUCUCGUCCAUGCCACGCUUGAAACACUUCUUCGGUUUCUCAACUGGAUUCCACUGGGUUACAUCUUUGAAACAAAGCUCAUCAGCACACUCAUCUACAAGUUCCUGAAUGUUCCGCUUUUCCGAAAUGUGACAUUGAAGUGUUUGACGGAAAUCAGCGGUGUGAAUGCGUCACACUACGACGAAAUGUUUGUCUUGCUCUUCACUCAAACCAUGGCACAGUUAGAACAGAUGUUGCCACCGGCAACGGUCAUCAAGGAGGCCUACUCCAACGGCCAGGACGACGAGCAGAAGUUCAUCCAGAACCUGAGCUUGUUCCUGUGUACCUAUCUCAAAGAACAUGGUGCGCUCAUCGAGAAGCGUGCCGACCUUCUCGAAGUUUUACAUGCUGCGCUGCAUUACCUGCUGCUCAUCUCGGAAGUGGAGGAAGUGGAGAUCUUCAAGAUCUGCCUGGAGUACUGGAACGCGUUGGCCUCCGACCUGUACCGGGAGAUCCCUUAUGGCCUCGCGACGGGUGCUCCGCUCUACGUGGGCGGUGAGCCUGCCAGACGAAGCCCCGGUUCACCCCAGUCUGCCCGGCGCCUUCUCUAUGGGCCCGUCCUUACCAAGUUGCGGUACAUCAUGAUUGGUCGUAUGGCAAAACCUGAAGAGGUCAUCGUCGUCGAGAACGAGCAAGGUGAAGUGGUGCGAGAGUUCAUGAAGGACACGGAUGCCAUCCAGUUGUACAAGAACAUGCGUGAAACACUUGUAUAUCUGACUCACUUGGACUACCUUGACACGGAGCGGAUCAUGACGGAGAAGCUGCACUUCCAGGUCAACGGCACGGAGUGGUCUUGGAAGAACCUCAACACUCUGUGCUGGGCCAUCGGCUCCAUCAGUGGCGCCAUGCACGAGGAAGACGAGAAGCGGUUCCUGGUGACGGUCAUCAAGGACCUGCUCGGCCUGUGCGAGCAAAAGCGUGGCAAGGACAACAAGGCCAUCAUUGCCUCCAACAUCAUGUACGUAGUGGGGCAGUACCCGCGAUUCCUCCGUGCCCACUGGAAGUUCCUCAAGACGGUCGUCAACAAGCUCUUUGAGUUCAUGCAUGAGACGCACGAGGGCGUGCAGGACAUGGCGUGCGACACGUUCAUCAAGAUAGCGCAGAAGUGCCGCCGCCACUUUGUCCAGGUGCAGGUGGGCGAGGCCGUGCCCUUCAUCGAGGAGAUCCUGGCCAACAUGAGCUCCAUCAUCUACGACCUGCAGCCCCAGCAGGUGCACACCUUCUGCGAGGCGGUCGGCUACAUGAUCUCGGCACAGGCCGACCAGUCGCAGCAGGAGCGCCUCGUCGACCGGUACAUGCUCCUCCCCAACCAGGUGUGGGACGACAUCAUCAAGCAGGCCAGCAAGAACGUCGACGUGCUGAAGGACCCAGAUGCCGUGCGGCAGCUCGGCAACAUCCUCAAGACCAACGUGAGGGCGUGCAAGGCCCUGGGUCACCCGUAUGUGACGCAGCUGGGCCGCAUCUACCUGGACAUGCUGAACGUGUACAAGGUGAUGAGCGAGAACAUCAGUGCGGCGGUGGCCUUGAACGGCGAGGGGGUCACCAAGCAGCCGCUGAUCCGCUCGAUGCGCACCGUAAAGAAGGAGACCCUGAAGCUCAUCGCUGGGUGGGUCUCGCGCACUAGCGACCCCAAGAUGGUGCUGGAGAACUUCAUCCCACCGCUGCUGGAUGCGGUGCUCCUGGACUACCAGCGGUGCACGGUGCCCGCGGCAAGAGAACCCGAGGUGCUCUCGGCGAUGUCGAUGAUCGUCCACCGGUUAGAGGGCUUCAUCACAUGCGAGAUUCCAAAGAUCUUCGAUGCGGUGUUUGAGUGCACGUUGAGCAUGAUCAACAAGGAUUUUGAAGAAUUUCCCGAGCAUAGGACAAACUUCUUCCUUCUACUCCAAGCUGUUGUUACUCACUGCUUCCCCGCACUUCUGAGCAUCCCCCCGGCACAGUUCAAGCUCGUCUUAGACUCUAUCAUCUGGGCUUUCAAGCACACCAUGAGGAAUGUGGCCGACGUCGGUCUGCAGAUCCUGUACCAGCUGCUUCAAAACAUUGGCCAAGAAGAAGUGGCAUCACAAAGCUUCUACCAGACGUACUACACAGACAUCAUGCAGCACCUGUUCUCGGUGGUGACGGACACAUCUCACACAGCUGGCCUGUCGAUGCAGGCAUCCAUCCUGGCCUACAUGUUCAGCAUAGUGGAGGCAAACAAGGUCACGGUGCCGCUCAACCCAACAAUGCAAGCCAACGGGAUCACCAACGUGGUCUACGUGCAGGACUUUGUGGCCAACCUUUUGAAGACGGCGUUCAGCCACCUCUCCGAUGCACAAGUGAAGAUUACUGUUCAAGGUUUCUUCAACCUCAACCAGGACAUCCAGGCUUUCAAGGAACAUCUGAGGGACUUCCUUGUCCAAAUAAGGGAGUACACUGGCGAGGACGACAGCGACCUGUUCCUCGAAGAGCGGGAAGCAGCACUGCGGCAGGCAGAGGAAGAGAAGCGCAAGAUCCGCAUGCUUGUCCCCGGAAUCCUCAACCCCCACGAGAUUCCCGAAGAGAUGCAGGACUGAGCCGCCAUUGUAUUUAUAUAGAGCUCUCGUUCUUUCCUUUCCUCUCCUUUCUGCACCGUCCCCCUCCUCGGCUCACAAGUUCCUGUUUCUGCUUCCUCUCCUCUUAUUACCCCAAGCAUCGGCCUACAGGGGGCAGCGCCGUUCCUUCCUCGCCAUCCUCCCAUGUUCCCCCUCCCCCCUGCCCUUUCACUGCAAAGCUGUCGCACAUGCCAAACAUCAUUGUUUCGUUCAUUUUUAUUUUUUGGCGUUUGCACACAGACUCUUUCUCUUUUGGCGCAGUACUCACUUUGGUUGAGGCUACUUGUGGUUCACUAGGCACUUUGCUUCCUAAAUUAUAUGUGUCCUCCUUUGUGUGUCAGACCGUGUGUGUGCGUCGUCGUUCCCCCAUCAUACCAUUUGCAGGCACGCACACAGACAAAGAAGAUGCAUUGUUUGAACUGUUGUGUGCUGUGUACGGUCGUGGCAACUGCAAGUGCUGAGAGUAGAACAUACCGCUGAUUUGGGAGCGAGCCCCCGACACCUUUCAAGCUUGACCAAGUCCGAAGUCGAGCAGGCCCCGUUCCCUCUGCCCAUACCUGUGAGCGCCCACAAUUGCUUGCGUUUUGCCCAGGCAAAACCUUCUUUCGCAUGCGUCCCUCUCACUUUCUCGGUAUGUUCUCUCAAAACACAUGCAAGGGUUUUAGCCUGUCUUUUUUAGAAGCUUGAUGCAAAGGACAGUUGGAACAUUGUGUCUGUUUAUAGCGUUGCAAACUGUGGGACUCUGAGAUCAGUAGGCAGUUCUAGGGAAUGUCGUCGUAGGAACCAAGUGGAGAAAAGAGCAGUCUCUCACCCUUUUAGGGUGGUUGUGGCAAGCGGAAGACGAUGCUGCCUUCGUUCUUUUUCUUUUUUUUUUAAACCAUCGGCGCCACAUUCGUCUGGCAAGGACGUCUGGCCUUUGUGUGUGGCUGUGUGUGCGUGGGUGCUGUGUGCGAGUGGUGGCGGUGUGUGGUUUGCGUGAGUGGAGUCCUCAACGUUUCGGCAACGGAGACUUUGAGGGAUCAUCGCCGCCGAUGGCGCCCACAGCCAUCCAAGCGCGCGCGACCACAUCUGCCUGGGAGGAGGAGGUGUGCAUCGUCGGCCAUGGGGCGUGAUACAAGCCUGAAGCUUGCUUCUUUGUACCUCUCUCUCUCUCUCUCUCCCUCUUGUUCUUUGUCUCUAUCAGUCUCCAUUUUUUUUGUCAAGAGUACCGGUUUCGCCACCUAUCCAACGUGGCCGGUACUGAAGUGCAUUUUUACAAUAUUGCCCUUGUGGGGCAGCGAUCUAUAUACUGACGUCUUUCUCUCGUCGUUUCCUUUCGUCCUAAAAGUGCUAGGUUGGCUGCAAAGUCUUUCGCUGUUGUUUGUGCAUCCCCACCCCCCUCUUUUCACUUGUCGGGCAUUUCAGAAGGUUUAUCGUGCGUCUCACUUUCUGUUCCUUUCUUCUCUCAGUUCUUCUCUCUUCUGUCGUGCGGGUUUCACCUAUUUAUUUUGGAACAACUUUUCGUUAAGUCUGUCGUUAAGAGUCAGCUGAAGUCAGUCACACAGCUCCGAUAUCUUCUUCUUUUGAUCGCGUAUCUGUAAAAAAAAGAAAAAUACUUUUUUUGUCUUGCAUCCUUCAAGCACACUACAGUCUGUGUCCGAAUUUAUAUAUAUAUAUUUUUUUGCUUUAAGUUUUUAUACAGCGACACCAUGGUUGUGCUGGUUUUACUAGUUAUGACUUCAGUGUUUUUCUGGUGGGAAGAACUUUGCGAAGCUCGAGGGAAACCUCACAAGGCGUGGAGAAGCUUUGCUAUCGCCAUCAAGACCUUUCUUUUGUCGGAAGAGCGCCAUUGAAGUGGCGACAUAUUGAAGAGCCUGGGUGCCAAGGACCCUUCAGCGGACGCUGCUUCAAGAGGACAGACUUGAGACAACGGAGCGAGCUUUACACGUUGGUCACCCCUUCAUGCGAAGCGGAUGAGAGAGAACGCCCGUGUGAAUGUGCGUGAAAACGAGGCGGCAUUGGGCGGAUUUUUUGCACAUGCCAUGCGUGUGUGUGCGUGUGCGUGCGUGUGCGUGCUUCACAUUUUUUUCCCCAUUUUUUUCCCCCUUCCCCUUCCGACGAUGACGGAACCUGUUUCAAAAAAGCAAAAGGAAAAAAACUGCUGGUGUGUGCGUGUUUCAAAUCCUCGAAGCGUGGUUGAUGUUGUGCAUUGGUGUGCUUGAUUGGACAGAUAACGAUCAUUUGUGAGAUUAAGCGUGGAUGUAUGUGUUGAAACAGUUUGUAUCUUAUGUUCUGUCGAAGGAUGCAUUUUUUUUUUCAUUUCGCUAUUGUAGAUGAUUGGAGAGCAAAGAUAAAAGGAAACAGUUGUUUUCUGAAGGAAUAAAUGAGUGUUUUUACAUAGUU